CGAUUCCGACAUCUCGAAUUUUGAAGACGACGACCAACGACAACUUGAUUGCAAUCCGACAAAAUGGCGAUCAAGCACAACCAGCAAAUUGCCCACAACCAUUUCCGAAAGGAUUGGCAAAGACGAGUUAGAGUUCACUUCGACCAGCCUGGCCGAAAACUCAGACGCCGCAAUGCUCGUCUCGCAAAGACUGCAGCUGUCGCCCCACGCCCAAUCGACUUGUUGAGACCUGUUGUCAGAUGCCCAACCAUCAAGUACAACAGACGUGUACGAGCUGGCCGUGGUUUCACCCUCGCCGAGUUGAAGGAGGCACAAAUCCCCCGCAAGCUCGCCCCAACCAUCGGUAUCUCCGUUGAUGCCCGCCGUCAAAACCUCUCCGUCGAGUCCCUUAAGGCCAACGUCGACCGUCUCAAGUCCUUCCGUGCCCGCCUUAUCCUCUUCCCACGCAAACUUGGUCAACCUAAGAAGGGUGACUCCACCAAGGAGGAAGUCGCUGCUCUCAAGGAGACCAGCAGCCGUGUCAAGAACGCUCUCCCAAUCUCCACUGUUGAGGGUGGAUUCUCAGAGAUCAAGAAGAGCGAUAUGCCAAAACCAAUUGAGGGAGGUGCAUACAGAAAGUUGCGCGAUGCAAGAAGUGAUGCUAGAUUGGCCGGAAAGCGUGAGAAGAGAGCAAAGGAUGCAGCUGAUGAGGCCGCUGCUGCCAAGAAAUAAAUGGCAUGAAUGGUUCAUGGGUCUGUUUUAUAUUCUUGCGGGGUGCGAUGGAUGGAUGUGGGCUACAAGAGCGGUUCAAAAAAACUGCAUAGGUGUACUCUCAUGAAUUC